AUGAGUUGGGAGGGCAGGGACAGAGGUUGUGGAACGCUGAGAGAGGAUGACGUUGGCUAUUCCUUAACGCUGUGUGGUUGGGUUCAUAGGCAAAGGAAUAUGGGAGGUGUGUGCUUUACGGAUAUAAGGGACUCUUCAGGCACAGUACAGGUUGUGAGCCAAGACGACAGCGUUGGGCUCGAUCAGCUGCGCGCGGAGUACGUGGUGCGCAUCAAAGGGCAACUGCGCAUGAGGAAAGAUCCCAAUGAACGAUUGCCCACUGGCAAGGUGGAGCUUGUCGCAGAGGAGGUCACCAUUCUCAAUACUGUCAAUGUCAAGCUGCCAUUCCUCCCCUCGGACGAAGAGCUUGAUGUGAAGGAGGAAGUGCGGCUGAGAACCCGGGUGCUGGACCUUAGGCGGCCGCGCAUGACAAAGAACCUCAAGCUGAGGCACCGCAUGCUGCGCGCGAUCCGAAACUUUCUGGACGAUCGGGAGUUUCUGGAGGUGGAAACGCCGCUGCUGUGCCGAUCCACCCCAGAGGGCGCCCGAGAUUUCCUGGUGCCCUCCAGAAUGCAGCCGGGGUCCUUCUAUGCACUCCCACAAAGCCCGCAGCUGUUCAAGCAGAUGCUCUGCUGCGCUGGGGUGGAGAGAUACUACCAGAUUGCUCGGUGCUUUCGGGACGAGGACCUACGAUCAGACAGGCAGCCAGAGUUCUCUCAGCUGGAUAUGGAGAUGACAUUCAUGGACCAGAAUGCCAUCAUGUCUCUAGUGGAGGAGAUGGUCCUUGCUGUCUUUAAUGAGGUGUUGGGCAUGCCUGUGCAGCGUCCCUUCAGGCGGAUGACAUAUGCAGAGGCAAUGACCAGCUACGGCUGCGACAAGCCGGACCUGCGAUAUGGGCUGGAACACUAUGAUGUCUCCAGUGCUGUCCAGGGCUGCACUUUCAGGGUAUUCAGCAGUGCAUUGGAGGGCGAAGGCAUUGUGAAGGCAAUGCGCGUGCCAGAUGGGAAGCGGAUAUCCAACUCCCGAUUAAAGCCCAAGGGAGACAUUUCUGGGGAGGCGGUGGCAGCAGGAGCUGGAGGGUUGGUAUACAUCAGGGUGGGAGAGGGGGCAGAGAUUGACGCUGCCAAGCCAGUGAAGGAGGGCCUGUCCGAGGAGCAAUGCCACGCCCUGCUCUCCAGCACUGGAGCGCAGCCGGGAGACUUGCUGCUGCUGGCUGCGGGGGAGCCUGCAGUGGUGCACAAGGCGCUGGACCGCGUGCGCCAGUAUGUGGCGGCAGAUCUCGGCGAAAUCGAUGAGAGCAAGCAUGCCCUGCUCUGGGUCACAGAUUUCCCCAUGUUUGAGUGGAACGAGGAGGAGGAUCGGCUGGAGGCGGUGCACCACCCUUUCACUGCCCCCAACCCCGAUGAUCUGGAGGGGAAUGGGGCUGGCCUGCGCGGCGCGCGUGCCCUGGCCUAUGACCUUGUCUACAACGGCGUAGAGGUGGCAGGCGGGAGCCUGCGCACGUACCGAAGGGAUGUGCUGGAGAGGGUGUUUGAUGCGAUCGGUCUGUCCCGGGAGGAGGCCAAGGCGCAGUUUGGCUACCUGCUGAACGCCUUUGACGUGGGCGCGCCUCCCCAUGGCGGCAUCGCGUUCGGCCUGGACCGGCUCUGCAUGCUGCUUGCCAGGGAGUCCUCCAUCCGCGACGUCAUUGCAUUCCCCAAAACAGCCCAGGCAAGCGCCUCUACUAAGCUAAGAUCUACUCUGCACAAUUCACCCUUCGCUGGGUGGAAUGCCUGA